CAAUACAGUCGACUCUAAUCUGAUCUAAUCUAAUGUUUAGAUGAAGGAAACAGUGGGAAGUUUCCAGGGAAUGAUACAGAUCUGACACGUUAAUAUUUUAAUAUUCAAAUGACGACAACAAAGGGACAGCCAGAGUGUCUGAAGAGGAUCAAUAAGGUGUUGAGAGCAGUCUCCGUCGGCACAGAAAGGGAGAAACAUCAGAGCAGAGGGAAGCUGUGGACAUUCACAAGAUGGUGAAGAUGCAGUGGAGUCUGUUGGUGUUGAUUGUGAUGGGUCAGUGUUCCUCCAUUGGGGGUCAGCUGUGUGACUACCACUUCAUUGGAGACAAGAAGAGCUGGAAAGCAGCCCAGGAGUAUUGCAGAAAGAACCACACUGACCUGGCCACAGUGGCUAACCAGACAGACAUGAAGAGACUCCUUAGAUCCACAAGUGCACAGUAUCAAGGUGGAGCCUGGAUUGGGUUGCAGCGAGACUGGCGCUGGUCUCAGCCAGGGGUGAAGUUCAACGAGAGUAAAUGGUUUGCAGGAGAGCCGAAUAAUUUAAACAAUCAGGAGAACUGUGUGUGGAUGAAGGAUGACACAUGGGGGGAUGCCUCUUGUUCUAGACCAUAUAACUUUAUCUGCUAUGACGAAAACAAGAAAUCCGGCAAAACAUUUUAUGUUUCAAGUUACCAUGAGGUGACCUGGCUAGAGGCUCAGCGCUACUGCAAAAUAUAUCACACUGACCUGAUCAGUGGAGUCAAACAGCUAGAAGACUUCAAGACACAGCGCCGGAAAGAUGCAGAAGCUUUCUGGAUCGGCCUGUUCAGAGACUCUGCCUGGAGUUGGUCAGAUGGGAGCAGUUUCUCUUUCAGAUCCUGGGAUCAAGAUGAACCUAAGAAGACAUGUGCUAUGACUAUGUUAGAUGGAAAAUGGAGCUCUGAUGACUGUAAUGAAACCAAACCCUUCUUCUGCUACAACGAUUCAGUGAUCCUGAUCAAGAAGAACAUGACCUGGGUGGACGCGUUAUACUACUGCAGAGAUCACUAUCGUGACCUUGUCUCCAUCACCAACCAGGGCGAGCAGCUCUGGGUCCAGGAGAGAGCCAAGACGGCCUCCACUCCCUACGUGUGGCUGGGACUGCGCUACACCUGCACUCUGGACUUCUGGUUCUGGGUCACUGACGAGACGGUCCGCUACACCAACUGGGGCCCCGGCCAGUCUGGGGACGACUGCAACGUGUCUGGAGCCAUGGACAGAGAGGGAACGUGGGUCAAAAAGAUCGACGACAACCACCAGCUUAAUUUCAUCUGUUCCAAGUAAAAACCAGCAGAAUGUAACUAAAUAAAUUUACUCAAGUACUGUACUUAAGUAAUAAUGUUGUUGAGAUGAGGUACUUUACUUAUAUCUUAAAGUUAAUAUUUCAAGUAAAAAAG